CUGGCGUUCUAUCUCGCCGCCUUGCGGAAACUGAUUUUCUAUUCAAGGAGGAGGAGCAGGUCCUCCCUGCGAAAGACGCUCAGCGCAAGUUCUAUCUACACAGAAACGCCCGAUCAGCAGCAGAGCUGCUGGCUACUAUUUGGCAUCCGAGCACCAACGCCUAAGGCCUGCUCAGCUCCAGUGACCAGGCUAUGUCAAGCAUAUCUGCGGUAUUGAGACAGGGAGAGUCACGAUCAAGCGUUUCCUCUACCGCAGCCGAAAUCAAGAAAUGCGGCAAAGCAAAGCAGUGGAGCGCAGUACUGAAGCUUUUGCGGGAUGCACCACAGUCAAAUUUUCUAUGCAGUAUCGCCAUCGGUGCUUGUGGGCAGUGCAAGCAAUGGCAGCAGGCAUUGUCACUGCUCAGUGGUAUGCGUGAGUCGAAGAUGGAGCAGGACACCAUCAGUCACAGUGCUGGAGCUAGCGCGUGUGAGAAGGGAGGGCAGUGGCAGCGUGCGCUGCUGCUGCUCAGCGAGUCGCGGGAAGCAGGGCUGGAGCCGACGGUAAUCAGCUACAACAUUUGCAUCAGCGCGUGUCGGUCCGGUGGGCUGUGGCAGCAGGCGCUGUCGUUUCUCGGGGAGUUGCGAGAGGCGAAGCUGGAGCCGACUGCUAUCAGCUAUAACGCUGGCAUCAGCGCGUGCCAGUCAAGUGGACAGUGGCAGCGUGCAUUGAGGUUGCUCCGUAAUCUGCGGGAGGUGAAGUUGGAGGCCGACGUGAUUAGCUACUCUGCAGGAGUCAGCGCUUGUGGGAGUGGGGAGCACUGGCAACAAGCAUUGUCAUUGUUCAGCGAGCUGCGGGAAGUGAAGCUGCAGCCGACGACCACCUGCUAUAACAUUGGAAUCAGUGCGUGCGAGAGAAGCGGGCAAUGGCACACAUCUUUAUCGUUGCUGAGGGAGUUGCGGGAAGUUAAGCUGCAACCGACCAUUGUCAGCUAUGGUGCCGCAAUCAACGCGUGCGAAAAGUGCGAGCAAUGGCAGCAGGCGUUAUCAUCCCGGGUUGCUCGGCGAGUCGAUUGAAGCGAAAUUGAAGCUGGACGUCAUCAACUGCAAUGCUGGAAUCAGCGCGUGUGCGAAAGGCGGGGAAUGGCAGCAGGCGCUGGCGUUGAUGUGCACUCUGCGCGAGGCGAAAUUGCACCCGGACGUCAUCAGCUAUAGUGCUGGAGUUAGCGCGUGCCAGAAAUCUGGUCAGUGGCAACAGGCCGUGUCGUUGCUGACGGGUUGGUUGAAGCGAUGUUAGAGCCAGACGUCACGAGCUAUAGUGCAGCAAUCAGCGCAUGUGCUACAGGUGGUCAGUGGCAGUAUGCCAUAUCGUUGCUCACUGGCAUGAGUGCAGCAGUGCUGAGGCCAAAUAUCAUCAGCUACAGUGCUGGAAUCAGCGCAUGCGAGAAAGUCGGACAGUGGCAGUGGGCAUUAUUGAUACUUCGUGACUUGCGACAAGCGAAGUUGGAGCCAGGAGUCAUCAGCUACAGUGCUGGAAUAAGUGCUUGCGAGAAGGGAAUGCAGUGGCAGCAUGCGCUGUCAUUGCUCAACGAGCUGUCUCGGUCGAAGAUGGAGCUGUGCGUCAUCAGCUGCAGCGCCGGAAUCAGUGCAUGCGCGAUAUGCGGGCAGUGGGACCACGCGCUGUGGUUGCUCACCGAGAUGCUGGAAGCCAGGCUGGAGCCGGGCACAAUUAGCUAUAAUGCUGGAAUUCGUGCUUGCGCCAAAGGUGGGCAAUGGUUGCAGGCAUUGUUGUUGCUCAGGGGAAUGAAGUCAACGAUGUUGGUACCAGACGUUAGUAGCCUUCUUGGUGCAGCCAGUGCAUGCGAGCAGGCCUUGCGGUGGCAGCAUACGUUGUCGUUGCUAGAUGAAGUAGGGCAAGCGAGAUUGCAUCCCUUGUCCUUACACUACAUCGGGCUCAGCGCUUGUGAGCAAGGCAGGCAAUGGCGGCAGGCAUCGCCAUUAUUUCGUGGCGUUUGGGCAGACGGUGACCAGCUCCGCCAGUGCUGGAGUCGGCGCACGCAGAAAGAUUGGCCGCUCAAUCAGACACUGUUGUUGGCCACAGAGCCCGUGCGUGCAGCACGACCAUGGAUGUAGUAUAGAGUAUAGGAAUGGAGGUUGGCUCGGCGUCAGCACCUUGAGGCCAAGCAGUGCAAUCCAGAUGGCUAAAGUUCGAGAUUCGGGGUCUUGGCGCUGAGGUCUCGUUCGUGGCUCGGAUCGAGGGGCUUGGGUCUGAGCUUUUGAUUGCUAGCUGCUGCUGCUUCUGUUGCUGCUGCUGCUGCUGCUCUUCAUCAUUUCAGGCAGGUCAGCUAAUCGAGCG